UUAUUGGAAGUCUCUAGAACCUAAAGCCUUUGACACUGUCGCUCUCUGUCACACUAUUUAAGCCUCUCUUUACCCGUUGCUCACGCCUUCACUGCUUUAUUUGAGUUCCAGAGUGAAGCAUAUUUAUCUUGUUUGGUUGAAUAAUGGAUGACGAUUUUGAUAUUCCUGGAAUGAAUGGGGAGGACAUGGAUCUGGCGGAUGAAAGUCCGAUAAUGAAAGUCGGUGAAGAAAAGGAAAUCGGUAAAGAAGGUUUGAAGAAGAAACUUGUUAAGGAAGGUGAAGGAUGGGAUACUCCUGAAGUUGGAGAUGAAGUUGAAGUUCAUUAUACUGGGACUCUUGUUGAUGGGACCAAAUUUGAUUCCAGUCGCGAUAGGGGAACUCCGUUCAAGUUUACUCUCGGUCAAGGACAAGUAAUUAAGGGAUGGGAUCAAGGUAUUAAGACGAUGAAAAAGGGUGAAAAUGCCAUUUUCAGCAUUCCUCCAGAGCUGGCUUAUGGAGAAUCUGGUUCUCCUCCAACCAUCCCUCCAAAUUCGACUCUCCAGUUUGAUGUUGAAUUGCUAUCAUGGACGAGUGUAAAGGACAUCUGCAAGGAUGGUGGUAUCUUCAAGAAGAUCCUUACCAAGGGAGAGAGUUGGGAAAAUCCCAAGGAUCUUGACGAAGUUCUAGUCAAGUAUGAAGCUCAGCUUGAAAAUGGCUCAUUGGUUGGGAAAUCAGAUGGAGUGGAGUUUACUGUUCAGGAAGGACACUUCUGCCCUGCUAUUGCAAAAGCUGUGAAAACUAUGAAGAAAGGUGAAAAAGUCCAGUUGACAGUGAAGCCACAAUAUGGUUUUGGGGAGAAAGGAAAACCAGCCUCAGGGGAUGCAGGAGCAGUCCCGCCUAAUGCUACACUGCAAAUCAACUUGGAGUUGGUAGCAUGGAAGACUGUCUCAAGUGUAACUGAUGAUAAGAAAGUAAUAAAGAAGAUCUUAAAAGAAGGAGAAGGAUACGAGAAACCCAAUGAAGGGGCUGUGGUUAAACUGAAAUUGAUUGGCAAGCUGCAAGAUGGCACAGUCUUCGUAAAGAAGGGCCACGAUGGAGAAAAUGAAGAUGACCUUUUCGAGUUUAAGACAGAUGAGGAGCAAGUUAUUGAUGGGUUGGAUAGAGCUGUUAUGUCAAUGAAGAAGGGUGAAGUGGCACUGCUAAUAAUUGCACCUGAGUAUGCCUUUGGUCCAUCUGAAUCAAAGCAAGACUUAGGUGUUGUUCCUCCCAACUCAACUGUACAUUAUGAGGUUGAGCUAGUUUCCUUUGUCAAGGAAAAACAAUCAUGGGAUAUGAAUACACAGGAGAAAAUUGAGGCUGCUGGCAAAAAGAAAGAGGAAGGAAAUGCUCUCUUUAAGGCUGGUAAAUAUGCAAGAGCAUCAAAGAGAUAUGAGAAGGCUGCUAAAUAUAUUGAAUAUGAUACUGACUUUAAUGAGGAGGAAAAGAAACAGUCGAAAGCUUUGAAGGUCAGCUGCAACCUAAAUAAUGCAGCUUGCAAGUUGAAACUGAAAGAUUACAAGCAGGCGGAGAAGCUGUGUACCAAGGUGUUGGAAAUUGAGAGUACAAAUGUUAAAGCUCUUUACCGGAGAGCUCAAGCAUAUAUGAACGUGGCGGAUCUUGACCUGGCUGAAUUUGACAUUAAGAAAGCCCUUGAGAUCGAUCCUCACAACAGGGAUGUGAAGCUUGAAUACAAAGCUCUGAAGGAGAAAGUUAAGGAAUACAACAAGAAGGAUGCGAAAUUCUAUGGGAACAUGUUUGCUAAGUUAAAUAAGCUGGAUGUCAACUCAGAUAACUCUGCUUCCAAGGAACGACAACCGGUGAGCAUAGACAGCAAGGCAUAACUGUCUUAAGCAGACAAGUAUAAUUUUCAUGGUGCUUUGUUAGUUGUUUAUGAAUGCUAGCGCUGGAUCUCUGAUACGGGAAAACUACACUGGAGUCUGGAUUUGUGGGAUCAGUCUUCUGUUUACACUGGAUUUGUGGAAUCAGUCUUAGCUGUUAGAAAAACUUGAUCUCUUUUAUUGGAUGCAACGAUUCUAUUCGCUCACUUAGCCUAAUAUUAUUGAAAUCCUUGUACUUGCAUGAGGUCAACUUUGAUAGUGCUCAAAUAAGGCUAUUCCCUGCUGAAUUAUUGAAGCUGUUCUACAUGUUUAGGCUUAAUGUUGGUAGCCAUCUUGAUGGACCUUAUGAAACUGUGUUGUGCUAGGCCUUGUACGAGGCGGAUGAAAUGUUUUUCAUUUUUCUCGUGGUAUCAAAUUCGUGGGUGCAAGGAGAAAAUGGUGUGAUGCUUUGCAUUCGAUUCUCUCUUUCUCUAGUGUUCAAACAAAACAAAUGCAUGAAAGAGAAAA